AUGGUUGUUAGUGCUGUCAAUUCCGAAACUAAUAAUCAGACACCAAUUUCAGAAACAGUGAAAAAUACAAAAGAAACAUUUGAUCCACAUACAACAAAAUGGUCAGAUGUUAAUUUAUUUAAAUUCGGUGCUUUAAUCGCUGUUUCAUCAACUCUUGAAAAUGCUGUUUUCUAUCCGUUAUUUGUUAUAAAAACUCGUGAACAAAGUGAUCGACGUAAUUUAACACUUUUGCAAUCAUUUCGAUAUCAUAUACGCAGUAGUUUAACAAAAUCAAGUAGUGGUACAAAAGCUUCACCGUUAUAUCGUGGUUUUUGGUUUUCAAAUAUCGCUAGUUUGCCAGCUUAUGGACUUUAUCUAGGUGUUUAUAUUUCUACUAGAGAUCAACUCAAUGCAGCAACAAAUAUGUCUACAAGAUUUUAUGCACCAUUUAUUGCUGGCGCCCUUGCUGAUGCUGUUAGUAUACUUUUUUAUGUACCUAGUGAUGUUAUUGUGCAACGUUUACAAGUUGCCAAUAGUCCAUAUAAAUCAUCUUUAGAUGCUAUACGUAAAAUUUAUGUUAACGAAGGUAUUAAAGGUUAUUAUCGUGGACUUGGUGCAACAUUUAUUGUUAGUGCACUUGCUUCAUCUAUAUGGUGGAUGGCUUAUGAAAAUGUAAAACUUUUUCUUUAUCGUCCAUCAAUACUACCUUAUAUUACAUGGUCGAAAUCAUCGGAUGAAAAAGCAGGUCAUGUUCAUCGUCUUCCACAAUUUGCAGCUGGUUUUGUUGCUGGAACAAUUACAUCAGCUUGUAUUAAUCCAUUAGAUGUAGUUAAAACACGUAUUCAAACACAAAAUAUUAAUACAUUAGGUACAACAUCAUCAACAACUCUAUAUAAUAAUAUGUUUCACGGUCUUAAAUGUUUAUGGCGUGAAGAAGGUAUGCAUGGAUUAUUGAGAGGUGUUCUACCAAAAUUAAUGUCUCGAGGACCAUUAUCAGCUAUAAGUGCGCUUGUGUUUGAACUUGUUCUUUAUUAUUCGCGAGAUGAUUUAAAUUCAUCAUAG